UGUACGAAGUGGAAGGGGCGCCUAAUUCGGAUUUCGUUUGAGAAGGACGGUGAUGUAACUCGUGACAGGGGACCGACGGCCUGAGUAACCAAGAAAUGUGACACACUGUGAGGAGGAUGCUGGAGAUGACCAUGUCCCCAUUUGUCUGUGACAGUCAUCCCAGUGCCAUGAUUCCACAACACAGCUGAUAAACCCAAGAAUUUCACGUCCAAACCGUUGUCCGUCCAACUAGCAAGAUGUUUACGCCACAGUCAUCAUCUCCCAAGAUGCCACAAAUCCAUGUGACUCAUCCCAACGUUCCCUUUGGGUCUCAUGAGAACCUCAUGGAUAAAAAAGGUGGGAGGAAGUCACCCAAGGAAGGGGUGGAGAAUCCCGUGUUUUCCUUCGACAACAUCUCCCUCCUGUCAAGAUCAGCCACUCCAUCCAGGGCCAGUGAGCCAGCAGAUGAACCGGUGCGCAUGCUACCGCCUCAUCGCCGUGGGAGUUACUCCCCCCUUCCUCAAGUCCACAGACAUGGACAGCCUUACAGUGCCUGAUGGGACAGGUGUUCGUCGGUCAAGCCUAGCCUCAACAUGGAGUCGCGACUCGGGGUUGUCGCACCGGCGGCUCAAGCCGAUAUCGUCGUUGAGCAUCAACGACAUGGCCUGCGAGGCCAAGGUGCAGCCCCUCCCCAGCCCCGGCCUCCUCAGCACCCACUCCAUGUGGUCCACCAGCGACCUCUUCAGUCGACCAUCCAGCAGGCAACAGGACCCCGAAGUUGUCUCCAACCUGACUAACUCCAACAGCCUGUCCAAUGUCAGCAGCACGCUCAGUGAGCGUAUGCACGAACUGGUGCGGGCGUACUCCAGCCGGACCCAGCGGAUCAAGGAAAAGACAACUCAGCCUCCUUCACCUUCCUCCGUAUCCAGUCAAGAUGCCAAGUCAGCAAUAUCGGGCUUGGAUGGGGACGAAACUCCUGCCCCAAGGAACAUUCGUCUGGGGUCGUUCAUACCAAUGGGGUCGACGACCAGCGAGGUGUUCUCCGAGGCUAGCGAGACCAACAAGGAAAUGCUUGUGGGGGUAUGGCAGUGUCGCUUCAGAAUGCCCAAGUGCCUGCGCAAGAUCAGAUUCCCCAACACCAUUGAAGCUCAGAGUAAACUCUACGUGGGGUGGCUGUUCCUCGUCAUGUUGGCCUACAUGUACAACGCUUGGGUGAUCCCCCUCCGCGGCUUCUUCCCCUAUCAGACGGCAGACAACGUGUGGUACUGGCUCAUCUGUGACUACACCGCUGACUUGGUCUACAUCCUUGACAUUGCCAUCUUCAAAGUCAGGAUCAGAUUCGUUAAUAAUGGCAUAAUUGAGUGUGACAGAAAGCUAACAAAGAAAAAUUAUAUGAAGAAACUUAUGUUUAAGCUGGAUGUCUGUUCUCUGCUUCCACUCGACCUCCUGUACCUUGUACCUGGAGUCGGUGUCAAUGCCUGGCUCCGUAUACCCAGACUGCUCAAGGUUCAGACAUUUUGGGAGUUCUAUGAGAGAUGUGACCAAGCUGCCAACUCCUCUGCCCAUGCGAUCAGGAUCAUCAAGACGAUGACGUACAUGUUGUUUCUGAUCCACAUCGAGACUUGCGGCUACUACGCUGUGUCUGUGUACGAGGGCAUCAACUCCAACCAGUGGGUCUACAAUGGAACUGGCAAUGCCUACAUCCGUUGCUUCUAUCUGGCCACAAAGACUGCCACCUCCAUUGGCAACAACCCCAAACCCCAAAACCAGCUGGAGUAUCUCUUCAUGACACUCUACUGGCUGUCAGGGGUCUUUGUGUUCGCACUUCUUAUUGGUCAGAUCCGAGACAUCGUGGAGGCGGCAGGGCAGGUGAAGUCCAACUAUCGUAAGAGGAUGGACCAGACGAUCCGUUACAUGGAGUCCAUCAACAUCCCCAAGGAGAUGCAGGAGCGGGUCCGCCAGUGGUUCCUCUACAACUGGGAGCAGCACAAGACCAUAGAUGAGCGGUUGCUGCUGGAGACGCUGCCACGGAAGCUGCAGACUGACCUGGCCAUCAACGUCCACUUCAACACUCUCAGCAAGGUGCAGCUGUUCCAGGACUGCGACAAGAACCUCCUGUACGACCUGGUCCUCAAACUCAAACCCAGCCUCUUCCUGCCCCAGGACUACAUCUGCUACAAGGGUGAGGUGGGGAAGGAGAUGUACAUCGUGAGUCACGGCCAGGUGGAGGUGGUCGGUGGGGAAGAUGGAGAGACGGUGCUGGCCACACUACACGAGGGCAGCGUCUUCGGGGAAAUCAGGUACGUGGUGGGUGGGGAAGAUGGAGAGACGGUGCUGGCCACACUACACGAGGGCAGCGUCUUCGGGGAAAUCAGCUUGCUGGCCAUGUCAGGAGGUAACCGACGUACAGCUAACGUACGCAGCAAGGGCUACACCAAUGUCUUCACACUGUCUAAGGCCGACUUUGAGGAAGCCAUGAGAGAAUACCCUGAAGCCCAAAAGCUGCUCCGGAAGAGGGCAAAGAAGCUGUUGAAGGAGAACGCACGGCUGGAGAAGAAGAGUGUGAAGGUGGAGGUGGAGGAGAUAAUCAAGACGCCAUCAGAGACGCCCAAGUUUGUCAAGACCGUCAUCAAGGUGAUGGACCCCGAGUCCAACUUGGUGAAGCACCUUGACCCAUCCCUGAAGCAGUCCUCCAGCUUGAGGUCCAUCGUCAGCAGGCCCAGCAGCAGGACGAGUUCAGGGCGAUCCUCCAGGUCGUCCUCCCAGGGCAAGAUUCCAGAGAGGAAGCUCAGCAAGAAAGGACAAGCAGCCUUCAUCUUUGGUUCCGAGGUGUCGCUGUCUGACAUCCCCAACGAUGCCCGCGUGGAGUAUGAUGUGGAGGAGGAACAGAUGCUGGUGGUGGAGAGGGUGGAGCAUGAGUUGACGCCGGAGUCGGUGCCACCGCCACAGAAGGAGACUCCUGUAAUUGAAGACAAACGCACUCAGAUCCUCAAGGAUGAUCUGGACAAGACCAACAACAGUGUAGAGAGCCAAGAUUCCGGUAUCCCCAGCAUGAAGCGCAGUGCUAGUCAGAGCACAGACAAGUCUCUCAGCAACCAGGACAGCAAGGACUCCUUCAACACGAGCGACCUGAUGGAUGUCAUCAACGAGGAGAAGCAGAAGGGUGACAGUGGCGACAGCUCCAUUGUGGAUCCUCCCCCAGAAGCUCGGCAGAGUCCCAGUGGAGCCAGCUCUAUGUCAGAUGUAGGGGAAGCUGAGUGUCAGAGUGAGUGUCGGAGUGAGGGCUCACCAGUUGACUGGAUCACCACGGAAGAAAAACCUACUGAAAACGGAACUCGCCGAAAGGUGUCUUCGGAGAGCAGGGAUGAGAAAUCAGUUAUUACAGACGGAACACGGAGAAAGGUUUCAGCUGAGAGCAAGGAGAAGGUUUUUAUGGAGGAUGGUACACGUAGAAAAGUUUCCACAGGAAGUAGGCAUGGAGCUCAGUCUCCAGAUGCCAACGGAGCACAGUCUCCCCGAUGUGUGACGCCACGAAGGGGAGAUAAGUCAGUGACUGAGGUAGAAAAACACGAGAUUCCUUUGGAGAAUAAAGUGACAUGUGCCGUGGAGAUCCAUCGAGAGAAGACACGGACACCCUCGUCAAUAUUCUCUCUCGAACACCAAGAACGCCCAGGAUCUAAUGCAUUUUACCGGCAGAACAGUAACGUGUCGUAUGAAACAGAAUUAUAAGACAAGUAUUACUGUAUAUGACUGCAGAAUGUGUAGGCAAACACUCCUGACAUUGCAUCAGGGUUGGUGCAAGCUUCUUGUGGCCUUGAUGGAUAAACAUGGUGUGUGUCAACAAUUGUAGGCCACAGUGGACAAGCUGGAUCAAUGUUAAUGUACAACUCAAACACAUUCAACCAAGAUUCUUGUUUGUUGAAGUUGAUAUUAAGGAUGUCUGCUGAUCUAUAUUCUGAGUAAUAACUAUUUCUAACUGGUUAUAUGUUUGCAUUUAUUUCGUUUAAUGUCCAACAGACAUUCCAAUAAUUGUGGUAUAUAGUAGUGUAUGAAAUAAGUCCCGUCAGACCGCCCGAGACGGUCUAGAUUUCUGAUGGAUGGUCUAGAUUUACAGCUAGCCACGGACGGUCUAAAUAUACAGCUAGCCAGACCGAUGGUCUGGUAAAUAUUUUAGAUGUUCCAUACAUCUGAGUAAAUUCACCAUAUUUGGUCAGGUUAAAUCCAUUUUGGGCUGGUAACAUUUUGAAGUUACCAGCCCUGAUGUCUGGCUGGAUUUUUGGCUUAUUUCAUACCCUGUAUAUAGCUAUGACUGAAGCAAUGAUGGUGAUAUCAUAGCUUAGAGAAAGUUCCCAUCAGUAGUGGGAGUAGUCUUACAAUAGAAAUUAACUACUUUACACUGUACCUUUGACAUAAAGUCUAUUAUUCUCAGAAGAACCGCUUCAUGUUUAGGUAGGUAGACUUUCAUAUGACUACAGGCAUCUUUAGUACCAGCAGACAUCCUUAAUAGCAAGUAACAAUGUGUAGAUGGUCACCCUGACUGUAGGCUUUGCUGAUGGACGAUAUUCAGUUUGGUUGUUGGGAUCAGAUAAUCCUGAAGCUAGUCACAAUAUGCAAAGACUUCUUGUUUCCUCGAGGUCACGUUACAUGAUGUCGAACCUGGACGUGGAGGGUCAAGCUGCAAGUGAUGCAGAUAAUGUAUUGAAGAUGAUCCAUGGUUGAACUUGGCAGUGAAAUGGCUAAUUUGACAUUGUUUAUUCACUGUGAAGACUGAUAUGGAAUGAAACGGGGAGAUGUGAAUGGGGAAGAAUACUUUCAAUAAUGUACCCUUCCUGUCAAAAUCAGUUUCAUAAAUAUACUUAAAUACACACCUCGAAUCUGUCCCAAAGGAGUUCAGGUGAUGGUACACUGUUUGCACCAUAUGUCUUUGGAUGAGUGCUUUCCAUAGUCAGUCUGCAAGCUGUGUAGAGUAACAGCUUGUCCGCUACUACUAGCAAGUGGUCCUCAUCGUCUCCUACAUCUCCUCCUGUAGAUGCUUCUGUUUUCAGAUGAGUGCAUAUGACGUUCUGGAAAUAUCUCGUACUCCAGUGUGUCUGAAAUCCCUUUUCAGGCUGAAAAUAGUCCGAAAAGAACUAUACUCCCUUCGUAACUACAAGCUUUUUUUGUGUAAUGAAGUCACAGAAUCAUGUGUGGCAAGAUGAGCAUGAGAUUAUUUCCUGUCUUCCACUGGAUCUCUCAAUGGUAAGGUUACAGUUUCUGGAGGAGCUGAAACCCCAUUGGCCAGGUCUGCUUUGACAACAGUAACAAUAGUAACAAUAGUAACAUAUGAAGUGAGUCAAACUUUAGUCUACAAGUAAUUAAUACAGGGUUUCUGACUUUGUGAGAAAGGGAGAGUUCAUCUUGCAACUGUUCCUUUUCAUCCUGAUAAACUUUGUGCAUGUUAUGUCGUGGCCUGUAAAUAUUCAGGUCUGGACCAGACAAUCCAGUGAUGGACAUAGAUUGAUGAUGAGGUUGGUUGCAAACUAUUUGCUGAACACAAAUUCGCCCACCUACGAUCUGCAUGCUUUGCAGGGAACGGAAUUAAACAAGGAAUCCCCUUGGGAACCUGAUCAAGGAACUACGGUGGGUCUUGCAUCUGUCUGAAGACUAUAGUUCGAUAAAAUGGAUAUCUGUGUACAUAGACAUCAGUUUGGGGAAGAGGAACUUGUUACGGCCAAGGCACCUCUGUAAAUCUAAGUGUCACUGAUGUAUAAAGUGUAUGGCUUCAGAGCUGUGGUACCUACAAGAAAUGCCUGUGUGAUAGAACAGCCUGAACAUUGUUUCAACCACUGUAAUAUCAUUGUCAGUUGCCAUUGCCUCAUGUUGACAAACAAGCUUAGAGGAAAUAUGCAAGACACAAAUCUGAAACAAGGUUUGACAAAAUGAACCUUUGAGUUGAUAUUGUAUACUUCAGUUGUAGGAGAAUGUUGAGACUGUCUUUGUCAGCAUAAAUAAUAUUCAUCACGUUGUUUAUCAUAUACACCAGGUUAUUGUUGAUAAUAAAAACAUUCAGAUUCA